AUGAUAAAAGCGCAUGCGCAAUACACGCAAUGUCUCUUGACAUCGAAUUAAACAUGUCCGUUGUAUGAAUUUCUUUUCAUCGUCUUUUUAUACACUCAAACUCUUUAUAGUAACGCUGUCCAUAUCAAGCAUUCACAAUAUCAAAUGACAUUGGAAUAAGUGAAGACACAUUCUUGAUAUUUAUCAUCUAUAAAGACUAAAAGAAAAUUUUAUACAGAGCAAAUAUAUAAAACUGUUUCUUUAAACCUAUGGUAGAUACCAUAGAAAAUAUUUGCUCUGAUCUGCGAUUAUUAGCAAAAGUUCUGAACAUCACUGACUGGAAUGUCUACAAGAUGAGUUUGUGUACUGAGUAAAUUUGGAUACAUUUACAUAAGUGUUGAUAGAGAAAAGUAACGGUGGACAGAUAUGAAGUACUGGAAGUAUUUAUAAGAAUAAACAAGAAAAAUAUAUGUACAUUGUGAUUUGAGAAGAAAUAUCAUGGAAAAGAGUGAAAAGCUUAAAGAAUUGAUUUCCCAUCCCCAUGGAAAUAUGACAGAGAGAGAAAAUUUGUCAUAUAAUUGUGAUGUCUGUAAAAAGUCUUUCUCUCAAAAAAGUAACCUAACUGAACACAAACAUAUUCAUACAAGAGAAACGCUAUAUCACUGUGAUAUCUGUGGUAAGUCUUUCACUCGCAGUAUUGACAGAACUAGACAUAAACGUAUUCAUACAGGAGAGAUGCCAUAUUGUUGUGACAUCUGUAAUAAGUCCUUCUCUCAAAAAAGUAACCUGAAUACUCACAAACGUACUCAUACAGGGGAGAAGCCAUAUAUCUGCGAUAUCUGUGGUAAAUCGUUCUCUCAAAGUUGUAAAUUAACUUCACACAGACUUACGCAUACUGGAGAAAAGCCACAUCACUGUGAUAUCUGUGAUAAAUCAUUCUCUCAAAGUAGUACCUUAAGUAGACACAAAUAUAUUCAUAUGGGAAAGACACCCCAUCACUGUGAUAACUGUAAUAAAUCAUUCUCUCAAAGUAGUCACUUAACUAAGCACAAAUGUGUUCAUUCAGGAGAGAAGCCAUUCUAUUGUGAUGUUUGUGGUAAAUCAUACACUGUAAGCAGUACUUUAGCUGCACAUAAACGUAUUCACACAGGGGAGAAGCCAUACCACUGUGAUAUCUGUAGCAAGUCAUUUACUGAAAGUAGUUCUUUAACAGCACACAAACGUCUGCAUUCAGGUGAGAAACCAUAUCACUGUGAUAUCUGUGGUAAAGCGUUCACUGUAAGUAGUAGAUUAACUGAACACAAGCGUACUCAUACAGGAGUGAAGCCAUAUCAUUGUGAUAUCUGUGGUAAGUCAUUCUCUAAGAGUAGUAACUUAACUCCACACAAACGUAUUCAUACAGGAGAGAAGCCAUAUCCUUGUGAUACUUGUGGUAGAUUAUUCAGUGAAAGUAGUGCUUUGACUACACACAAACGUCUUCAUUCAGGAGAGAAACCAUAUCAUUGUGAUGUCUGUGGUAAAUCAUUCUCUGACAGUAGCAACUUCACUACACACAAACUUAUUCACUCAGCAGAGAUGCCGUAUCACUGUGAUAUCUGUGGUAAAUCAUUCCCUAAAAGAUAUUACUUAACUACACACAAACGUAUUCAUACAGGUGAGAGGCCAUAUCACUGUGAUAUCUGUGGUAAAUCAUUCCAUAAAAGGCAUCAGUUAACUAAACACAAACGUAUUCAUACAGGAGAGAAGCCAUAUCAUUGUGGUACUUGUGGUAAGUCAUUCAUGGAAAAUAGUGCUUUAACUACACACAAACGUCUUCAUUCAGGAGAGAAACCAUAUUAUUGUGAUAUCUGUGGUAAAUCAUUCUCUCAAAAUGGUAACUUAACUAUACACAAACGUAUUCAUACAGGAGAGACACCAUAUCAUUGUGAUAUUUGUGGUAAAUCCUUCACUGUAAGUUGUUCUUUAACUGGACACAAGCGUCUUCAUUCAGGAGAGAGACCAUAUCACUGUGAUAUCUGUGGUAAAUCCUUCACUAAGAGUUAUAAUUUAACUACACACAAGCGUAUUCAUACAGGAGAGACAUAAUACUACAAUGAUGUCUACUAAAUCAUAGUAUGACCAUUGUGCCUUGACUUCACACAAACGUUUUUGCACGGGUGAGAAGCCAUUUCAUUGUGGUAUGUGUGGCAAAUCAUUCACUGAAAAUAGUACUUAAUGCACAAAUGUCUUCAUUCAGCAGAGAGACCAUAUUGUCGAGAUAUCUGUUUAAAACCAUUUGAUGAAAGUGUUAACCUAACUAUGUGCAAACUUAUUGAUACAGGAGAGAAACCAUAUCUCUCUGAUGUGCAUUAAAUCAUUCUCUGACCAUUGUACAUUGCCUUCACACAAGCGUAUUCAUACAAAAGAAAAGCCAUUACACUAGUAAAUCAUUCACUGAAUUAAUUAAUAAAUCAACUGCACACAAAUGCAUUCAGACGGAUGAGAAAGGAAAGAGCUAGUUUGUAUGGGUUCCAUUGUAAAUUUCUUUUCUUUUUAAUAUUCCUGCGUUUCAUGUAAAAGACAUUACGACUCCAAAAUUUUCAGUUUUUGCAUUUUUAUUCUAAAAUUUUCUCCCAGCUUCAUCCUUUGCUUCCAUUUCCAUUUCAUUUCCCAUGAUCUCUAUAUUGAAAUUCCUCCUACUUGCAACCCUGUACAUGGCUCUUUGUUGAAUAUCACUUCCCUAAUUUAUCAUCAUCAUUUAAUGGAGCCUGGUGCAGCCUUCUGGCUUCCCAGAUCCCCGGUCGAAACGUCCAACCCAUGCUAGCAUGGAGAACGGACGUUAAACGAUGAUGAUGAUGAUGAUGUCCAUGCUGGCAUGGGUUGAUCAGCUUGAUCAGGGCUGGUCAGCUGAGGGGCUUCACCAAACUCCAGUCUGAUUUGGCAUGGUUUCCACAGCCAAAUCUAUAUAUUUAUUCCUUAAGUUUUAAAUGUUUAUGGUUUUUUUCAAAGCCAUAUGUGAAUUUGUCAAAUAUAUAAAUAAGAAAUGACCUCCAUAACAAAAUGGAAGAUACCACUAACAAACAUGUGGCAUAACUAUGGUUUAGGGCCCCACAACAGACUGUUUUCUCUUAACUUUCUGAAGAAUUGUUUUUUUUAUACUAAAACUAGCAGAUGAAAGUUUACAAGCAUCUAGAUUAUCUUAAUAAAAUUGAGGAUAAAAGCUUUUCAACUCCAUCCUGUUUUUGUCAGGGUCACAUCCUAUGUAAUUAGGAAGGGAGUUGAAUUACAUGAGAUGCAGUUUGGUUUUGUUCCUGGAAGAAGCUAUCUUCCUAGUAAGGCAACUGCUGGAUAAAAAUUCAGCAACAGAUUAAUCUCUGUACUUGGCUUUUGUAAACAUGGAAAAAGCUGUUGACAGGGUUCCUCACUCCCUUAUCUGGUGGUCAAUGUGGAAGCUGGGAAGAGAUGAAUACCAUACAAGCCAUAUCCAGGGAUAAUGUCAGUAAGGUAAAAGUUAGCAAAGAGUGUUUAACUAAAUUUAGUGUACAAGUAGGAGGUCACCAAGGUCUCAGCUCCCUCUUAUUUAUCAUAGUCCUUCAGGUCAUAACAGGAAUUUAAGGUGAGGUGGUUUUAGGAGCUCCUCUAGAUCUGUGAUUUUGUUCUUAUAGCUAAUUCUUUACUCAAGUUACAUAAUAGGUUUCAGAUGUGGACAUGUCUGGAAUCAAAAUGCCUUAGACUUAAGUUAGGAAAGACCAAAGUUGUAGUAAGUAGGAAAGCAAACAAAUUAUAAAUCCUUUUAAGGAGAUGGCCUUGUUUGAGAAAGUGGUCUUUUUAUUACCUAGGUAAGCAAAUAUAAUGUAAUUGUAGGGUGUUUGUCUAACAAGGUGACCCUGCUGAUGUUUAUUUCCACAUAAAAAUGCGACAGUGUUGGUGCCAUGAGACAACCAACUGAAGGCUCCAGGCUAGAUCUGUGGCUGCUGCAAAAUUCCAGAAAAAUUUAAGACUGGUUGUUCAUGAGAACUCCUCUAUGCUGAUAACUUCAUCCUUAUUGUUGAAACUGUAGUAGAUUCAGAAAUGAAAUUUCAGGUGUGAACACAAAGCCUGCAAGAGUCUUUAAGUUAACUUAGCCAAGACCAAGGUUCUAGUUAUCAAGAAAACAGACAGUUCUCUAAUCCAUUUGGGUAAAUGGUCCUAGAUUCUUUGUAGUGAAGGUGCAGGUAGAAAUUCCAUAUGGUAUACUCAGUGCUGAAUAGGGACACAUAAUAGGUGCAAUGGAACUACAAGAAGGUUAACAAAGUAUAAUGUGUUUGUGGUAGUUGUACAGGAUCUAUUAUAGCUAGAAUGAAGAAUUAGCUAAAAUAUUAAGUCGUAAUUCUCUACGACAAAAUUAUUUACUUCAAAUUGUAUAUA